GGUGUCUUUUCCCCUUCUUUCGCCAACUCGGACCAAAGAGGGUUUCCUCUUGUGCAAGCUGCACACAGCUUCCCUCCCUCCCCUUUAACCAAACCGGCUCAACGACGCUCCCGGGGGAGCCUUUGGCCCUCUGGCCUCGUGGCGCACCCUUUCCCCGAGAGUAGGACCGAGGAAGGAGACAGGGGAGCCGGUCCGCCCAGCCGACCUUCUGGCACCGAGCCCUCGGCGGCUCACCUCGCCCACCUGGCCGCCCGCCAGCAGAGGUCCCCGAUGGCCAAGGCGGGGGCUUCGCCCGGCGGCCCCUCCAUGCCCACCAUCCGGGAGGAGCUCCAGUGCCCCAUCUGCUACGAGCCCUUCCGGGAGGCCGUCACCCUGCGCUGCGGGCACAACUUCUGCAGAGGGUGCGUGAGCCACUCCUGGCAUGGCCAGGCCCGCCCCGCCUGCCCGGUGUGCAAGGCGGCCUGCGCCGUGGAAGACCUGCGCACCAACCACACCUUGGCCAACAUCGUGGAGAUGUUCCUCAAGCAGGAGCGGCAGCCGGCGGCCCCGGGCGAGGCCUCGUCGGCCCUCUGCCCCCUGCACGGCGAGGAGGCCAAGCUGUUCUGCCUGGAUGACAAGGAGCCCGUCUGUGUCUUGUGCCAGAGCGCCAAGCAGCACGCGGACCACAAGAUGAAGCCCGUGGCUGAGGUGGCCAAGAACUACCGGGCCAAGUGCAAGGAUAUGGAAAACGCCCUGCGGGACAAGAUGAAGCAGUUUGGGAAAACACAGUCCGACUACAGGCUCAUUGCAAACCAUAACAAGGCAGAAAGCGCCAGGCUUGAGAAGGAGAUUAAGAAACAGUUUGAGGAACUGCAUGAGUUCCUGCAGAAGGAAGAGCGAGCCGUCCUGGACGAGCUGCAGGAAGAGACCCGGAAGAAGCAGGAUCUGAUCGAAGACAAAAUCAAGAAGCUGUCCGAGGAGAGCGACGUCCUGCUCCAGGAGAUUGGCCAGCUGCAGGCGGACAUGAAGGAUGAUGACAUCUCCUUCCUCAAGAAACACAAGAACCGGAAACGCAGAAUUGCCUGGACGAUAGAGCAGCCCGAAGCCAUUCCACUGGGGACUCUGGUGGAAGUGACAAAGUACCUGGAUUCUUUGCAGUAUAAUGUGUGGAAAAAGAUGCUGGAUAUCAUUGAAGCAGUCCCCUUCAGCUUUGAUCCCAACACUUCGGCCAGCUGGCUGGAAGUCUCCGAUGAUCUCACCAGCAUCAGCCCCUGUAAUUACAAGCUGAUGGUGGAGGUCCCGGAGCGUUUCUCCACGGGGAUGCCGUGCGUCCUGGGUUCGAAAAGCUAUUCGAAAGGCUCCCACUCGUGGGAGGUGGACAUCGGCGGCACGGAGUACUGGUACGUCGGCGUGGCCAGGAAGUCCUGCGGCUACUACUGGAGCUUCGGGUGCGAUUCCUUCCUGGGUCUCGGGUAUAUGUACCACAUGCAGGGUACCAAGAGCAAGAAGAGCCUUUCGCCUCAGUCGGUGGCGUCGGAGAGCGGGCGCCGGAGGAACCUGAAGCGGGUGAGGGUGGAGCUGGACUGCGACGAGGGGGAGCUGUCGUUCUACGACGCUGAGCGCAAAAGCCACAUCUAUACCUUUCACGACAGCUUCGGGGAGGUCUUCCCGUACUUCUCCAUCUGCAACGUAGACGCUACCGCCCAGUCGGCGAGCGAGCCGCUGAAGAUCUGCCCGCUUCAGGUUCGGAUCAAAGAAGAUUACCCAAAUUGAGCAAAGCCACCGGUCAUUCUCUACUCCCCCCCCCACAUUUUUCAUGUUCAUCCUAUUCCCCCCCACACACACACCCCACGGUGCUCUUAAGUUCCCCCCAAACUUUGCCUGUCGCGACAGGCCCUCUGGAAGUUAGAAUCACUUAACGGCUUUCAGUGAGAUGCCAAUUUUGGCUUCACGAGGGUGGGGGAACGGCCCCCUAAAUUUGGAUUAUGGGGCGGGAAAAAUAGAUGUGAUCCAUGGGGACCCCAUCGUCUUGUAACUGAAGGACGGGAAGAGUAGAAGCUUCCCCGGGCACUGAUUAAAUGCUCCAGUAUAUUUCCAAACCCCAUGCCAUGUGCCUCUUUGUUAAGGGGCUGUGCUGUGUUCCCUGGGAAAUCUGUUCCCGGAUGAAAUCCACUGAGGGGCUCCAGGGCACCUGGGGUGGUGUGUGCGUGGGAUGCUCGAUCAGGGUGCAUGCCGCCGGCCAUUUGGGGAAGCCGGCAUGCGCUUAUGGUGGUUGGGGGUUUAAGGAGGGACGCUGGCAUUCUCACUGCCAAGCCAAACCAUCCGGCAGAAGCCCCAUCCUUGCCAAACCCUCUCCUCCUCCUCCUCCUCCCCCUUCGUUGCACCAGGCACAGCGGAAGAUGGAUCCAGGCUGAAGGAAAGGGCUUGAAAUAGAUCAGGCAGGCCCCGAUUGGCUGUUUGGGGAUAGCAUUAUGUCACCAGCACCCAAUCAGACCGGGCUGCCUCAGUGGGCCAUGUGCAAGCCCCGGAAUUAACUCCUUUUGUGGUGAGACCGCUCACGCGGUGUGCACCCACAUCCUCCCGCCUGUUCUUGCCGGAAGACGUGAAUCAUUCCAUUGGUUGUGGGCUUGUCUUUAGCUCCCGAGUUGCAGACCUAUUUAGCAGUGGUGAGGCAGGCAGACGUUCACCCGAUGGUGCUUCAGCCCCAGCAUUCCUGUCUGAAUACUCAUUCAUUUAUAGAGCAGAGAACUUUUCCUUUGGCAUGGUCUGUCUGUCAUGAAAGAGCCAGCGGCCAGGUUGCAUGGAGAUCUUCCAUAAGGAGCUCUCUUUGGAAAUCGAGUUGCCAACUUUUUCACAACCCGCUGUGCCUUGCUUUAAAUGGUCACGCCAUCUAUAGCCAUUGGUCUUUGCUUAAGGCUUGGAUUCAUUCUGGGAGAAGCGUCGGCUUCUUUCAGGCCUUUAAGGGGCUGUUCAAAGCAGAGGAACAGCUAGCCUGUGUUCCUGAUGCUCCGUGGGAAUCCUCUCUGCUAGAGGCUUCCAGGCGCAUCGUGCCCGGUUGCCCCGUGGCUUCAGAAGGAGCUUCCUCUCUGUGGCCACUGCACUUCGAAGAGUGCCUUCUUCAUGCAAGUCGGCUUGUAUGGAAAAGCUUAUUCUGCUGGGACUUUUCUGUGAUUCUGUGAUUCUCAUCCAGUACGAAUCAUUCUGUAUAUUAUUUCAGCAUGCAAUCUAUGUUUGUGUUAAGACUAAAACCGUUUGUAUUAAAGGUUUAUAUUAAAAAAAUAAACAAAAUGAUGUCCCGCCUAGCAGACUGGCAUGAAUUAAAAAGCAAACAUAUUUGUGAACUUGUGAAGGGCUGUUCCUUGGAGCAAAUAGUGAAAUCAACGGGAUCCACAUAAGCUUUGCAAGAUAUCAUUUGCAAAGGUGUUCAAUUGACCUUUCAAUGCCUAAAAGUAGACUAAAAAGUGACUUGAGAAUGGAUAUUGUUUUUGACACAUCAUUUAGAAAUGAUGUCUGGUGGAGCAUUGCAUGUAAGAUGCCAAAGGGAUGCUGUGGUUUUCAGAAUGUGUCCUAGAUCUUGGGCAUAAGUCUUGCUGAAAUAAAAGGGGGGGACUACAUUACAGAUAAUUAAUGUCUGAUGUGAUUUAGAUCAGGCUGCUGUCUUUUUGGGGGAAUGAAUUACAUAUGGGACCUUUGGCAUUCGACAGAGGAGAAUCAGUCUAUCAGUGAAAAUAAUUGAUUUUUCAGAGUGAUGGUUCAAGGGUCCCAGGGCUUUGAAAGUGCAUGCGAGGGAAAUUUUCAGGGAUAGAAACCCUUCCAGCCGGAGGUAAGCUUUGGAGCAAAUGUUCUUGAUGUGCAACUGUUCAAGGUGCAUGAGGCCCAAGUGUUGCACAUUAGAAAUUCCCCUGAAGUUAAAAGCCAUGACAUCAGUGACACAUCCUUGGUUUGAAUAUCUGAAAUAAACACUUGUGAUCUUGGA